GUGAGUAUUUAUUCAAUUUCAUAAAAUGUAAACUCAAUAGACUUUGUUCAAGCCCUUUAAUUACGAAUUAAUAACAAAAGGGGAUCCAAUUAAACAAGAUUAAUGGUCUUAUGCUUUGGCUUUUAAUGUAGAUUGCUCUAUACUAGUAGCUGGAUGUUCAUAUUCAAUUAGAGUAUUUGAAGUGAAAAAUGGAACAUUGGAAGAGAUUCAAGUUCUAAAUGAACACACUGGUUAUGUUAAUACAUUAAAUUUUUUUAAAAAGACCCCACUUCAAUUUAUUUCAAGUGAUGCUGACUCUAACAUAAUAUUAUGGAAAUCAAUAAACAAUAAGGAAUGGAAAUGCUAAUAAAAGUUAUUAGGACAUACAUCUUCUAUUUGGGCAUUAAUAAUAAAUAAGGAAGAAGAUCUCAUCAUUUCAAGUGGAUUAGAUAAGAGCAUUAAAUUUUGGACUUAAUAAAAUCAAGAAUGGAUUUGUUUUUAAACAAUUGAUGAAGGAAUUAACAGCCAUGUUUAUAGUCUAAGUCUAAAUGAAUCCUAAACAUAAUUGAUUUCUUGUAAUGGGGAUUCAACAAUAUUUAUUAUAGAACAACAAAAGUAGAAUGUAUGGUAAGUAACUCAAAAGCUCAAGACUACCUAAGCAGGAUAUCGAGUCUGCUUUAUCAAUGACAAAAUAUUUAGUUUUUAACCAAAGGCAGGAGAACAUUUGGAAGUUUAUGAAAAAAAUGAAAAUGGAGAAUUUGCCAAAUUAACAGAUGUUGCAGUAUAAGGAGGUAAUUCAUAUUGCAGAUUUCUCUUUCCAUAGCAAUUUAUUAAUCAAAAAUCCCUACUUAUUAGCAAAAAUGGUUCCUACUUAAAUUUUAUUAGGUAUUAUUAGAACAAUAACUAAACUAAUGAAUUUAAUGUAGAAUAAUCUAUUGACUUUGGUUCUGAUACCAUCGGUUAUUUAUAUGGGCAUGCAAGUGAUGAUGGUCAAUAUUUGGCAAUUUGGAACGGUUAGUCAUUGGAAUUUUAGAUUUAUUAAUAUAAAGAAAAUGAAUAGUGAAUAUAAAUAUAAAAG